AUGGAUGUCUUCAAAUCCUGCUCCCCACCCCCUGUAAUCUUAUGUGAUGUUGAAAUACGAUUUUUCAAUCCAGCCUUACUUUUCAAGUCUACAACUAACUUGGCCUGUUUUGUAGGCAUUGAGAAGACCAUAGAUUUUUCUAUGGCGUCUUUAUUGGGAUCCAUGUGUAAGGUGUUGACAGAGUCUAGCAUUGAUAAGGUGGUGGCAGAGGAAGAAGAGGUGGAGGAGGUGACAGUUGCUGCUGCCGGUGACGAUGGUGAAGCUGAAGACGACGUUCCUGUUUCGCCACGGAUAAGGUUGAGGAAAUUUAUUUUCUUGUGUCUCAGACGUGACUUGCCGUUCAUUGAAGAUGAAAGCAUAAGCCUUUCCUUUGAGACAUUCUUUACUUUUAGUUGCCCAGGUGCUGAACUCAAAGGUGAUGGCGAUGAUAACACCUUUCCCUGUUCUUCUUGCAAGUUCUGA